GAGGCCGAGGCGCUCGGGGCCCGUUUCAAACCGGCGGUCGCGGGGCCGCGGCCCGGCACGAGAUGGCGGAGAGCGACAGGGUCGAGGCGGCCGCGCCGCGCAGGGCCGAGGAGGCGGCCGGGCAGCAGCCCCCGCAGCCGCAGCAGCAACAGCCGCCGCCGCAGCAGCAGCCGCAGCAACAGCCGCCGCAGGAUGAGGAGGCGGCGGCGGCCGCGGCGCCCGGGAGCGGCGCGGGCAGCGCUAAUGGCGUCAAAAUGGAAAAUGAUGAGACAGCAAAAGAGGGGAAAGCACCUGUGAAAGAGAAGUACAAAGCGAAGGCAAUCCCUUCUCUUGGAAACAAGAAUAGAUUCCAUCCCUAUUCCAAGGAGAAGAAUGCAGGCUCUGGAGACAAGAAGGCUGUUAAUCGUAAUAGAGUUUUUAUUAGCAACAUCCCGUAUGACAUGAAAUGGCAAGCUAUUAAAGAUCUUAUGAGAGAGAAAGUUGGUGAGGUUACAUACGUGGAGCUGUUUAAGGAUGCUGAAGGAAAAUCAAGGGGUUGUGGUGUGGUUGAAUUCAAAGAUGAAGAAUUUGUUAAGAAAGCAUUAGACACUAUGAACAAAUAUGAUCUUAGUGGAAGACCCCUGAAUAUUAAAGAGGAUCCUGAAGGUGAACAUGCUCGUAGGGCAUUACAGCGUGGGGGAGGACAGUUUCCAGGAGGACAUGGACCUGAUGCAGCACCUGGAAUAAUGAAUUUACCACCUUCUAUUCUCAAUAAUCCAAACAUUCCUCCUGAAGUUAUCAGUAACUUGCAGGCAGGCAGGCUUGGGUCCACUAUUUUUGUUGCUAAUCUUGACUUUAAAGUUGGCUGGAAGAAGCUGAAGGAGGUGUUCAGCAUUGCUGGAACUGUGAAGCGUGCCGACAUCAAAGAAGAUAAAGAUGGCAAGAGUCGAGGGAUGGGAACAGUUACCUUUGAACAAGCAAUUGAAGCUGUUCAAGCAAUAUCAAUGUUCAAUGGACAAUUCCUAUUUGAUAGACCCAUGCAUGUAAAAAUGGAUGACAAAUCAGUUCCUCACGAAGAUUUCCGUGUUGCGGACAGCAAAAGCUCACAGUUACCUCGUGGUCUUGGUGGCAUUGGUAUGGGACUUGGACCAGGUGGACAACCCAUCAGUGCAACACAGUUGAGCAUGGGCGGUGGAAUGGGGAGCAUGGGUCCAGGAGGUAUGGGAAUAGACGGUCCAGGAUUUGGUGGAAUGAGUAGAAUGGGAGGCGGACUUGCUGGAUUUCGUGGAAUGGAAGGAAUGCCCAAUAUGGGAGGAUUUGGAGUCAACCGAAUGGGAGGUAAAAUGUUCCGUGGUGGAAUGGGAGCAAACAUGGAAAGAGAAUUUGGUCGUGGUGAGAUGGCAUUGAACCGUGGUUUUGGAGAGUCUUUUGGAAGGAUGGGUGGUGCAAUGAUUGGUGUUUUUGCAGGAGGAAUGGGAGCACCUAGCAUGGGCCCAGUAAGAUCUGGAAUGAGUGGUGGAAUGGGUGGUAUGAACAGUAUGGCUGGAGGAAUGGGAAUGGAUCGGAUGAGCUCUGGAUUCGAUCGAAUGGGACCAGCCAUGGGUGGAGGCCUGGACAGGAACAUCGAUAUCGAUCGAGGGUUUGUGCCUGGCCCCAUGGGAAGUGGCAUAAGAGAGAGAUUGGGCUCUAAAGGCAACCAGAUAUUUGUGAGAAAUCUUCCUUUUGACUUGACCUGGCAGAAGCUAAAGGAGAAAUUCAGUCAGUGUGGUCAUGUAAUGUUUGCAGAAAUAAAAAUGGAGAAUGGAAAAUCAAAGGGCUGUGGAACAGUCAGAUUUGACUCACCAGAAUCUGCUGAAAAGGCCUGUAGGAUAAUGAACGGCAUAAAAAUCAGUGGCAGAGAAAUUGAUGUCCGCUUGGAUCGCAAUGCAUAAUUUAAAACUGUGUGUUCAGGAACAUUCCUAUGUCUUGUUUAGCUUCUCUAUCUUAGCAAGUCAUUUUUAGUAACAUUGUAUGCUUACAAAAGAUGUAAAAAGGAACUUUUAAAUCCCACCAGCCUUUAACAGUAUAGUGUUUAAUAUACUGUGAUACUUGUUAACUGAAUCUUACUAUGUUUGGUUUUUAAAGACAAUUUGCCUGAUUUUUGUUGUUUUUUUAGAGGCACUGAGCACCUGCAGGUCCCUGUUGACCGUGGAAGGUUUGGAUGCUCAGUGCCUUUGGAAAAUUAGGCCAAGUGUCUCUAGUCAUUCAGUUUAAAUGAAUGGUUAUACUGUUUUUAAUAAAAUAAGCCAUUUUCUCUGUUAAUCUCAAGACUGCAUAGUGGGAUUUAUUUAGUGUUUUCUGGUUUUUAUUUUUGCCCUCCAGUGUGUAUCAACAUUGUAAUGUAAAAAGUAGAUGUCUUUUUUAUUUUUCAGGAUUUUGGUUUUAUAUGUGUGUUGUAGUCAUACUGUAAUUCCUGACUCUAAAAGAAAGGGCUCCAGUUAAGCUGUGAUGUUUUUGUUCUUAAUAUUACUUUGAUGACAUGACUUAGUUCUGUAUAUAAGACUUAGAGCCCAGUGGGAGUUUGGAGUUGGUUUUUUUAUUUUAUUUUAUUUUGACUAAAUGAAGAAACUGAUCUUUUC